AUGAUCAAUAGAACCGAAAUAUUAUUGGUAUCCGGCGCCAUCUCCAACAGUUUAGAAAAAUAUAAACCGAUGAAACUGGAGGGGAAUGCUCUUGUACUUACACAAGACGAUAAGUUAAGGAGGUUCCAGCGCCGUGACUUGGGAAAAGUUGUGCAAACAAUCAAAAGGGUAUUCCGGAGUAAACCAAACUUGACCACACCAUUGUUGGACCAAUUAUACAAAAGUAUAAACCAUCAGGGGGAGUCGACUUUGUCAACGGUAUACCUACAGAAAUAUUUGCACAUCGAUAGCAGGGAGCCAAUAAUAGUUUUUUGGAACGGAACGACAGAUCUAACAAUUGUAAAAAGAUUAAGGUUAAGGGGUAUUUUAGCGUUUUUAAAUAUAACGGCGUACAGUGAUAGGAAUAAUAAUGAAUUUAAUUUAAAACUAACUAACAUAGAGACAAGGGAAACCUUAUAUUCAGGUUAUAUAGGAAAACUUAAUAAAAACGGCAGGAUGUUACACUUAUUAGAAGCACAUGGAUUGGUGUGCAAUACGAAUCAUCAUAUCACGCAUUGUCACGAUCCAAUUGCUGAUGUAAUUUUAACCAAAUGCGUUUUUGACUAUGUAGUCACGAAAAUAAGGCCAAUAUAUUUGUAUAGACUAGCAGACAGAACAAUUGCGACAGAGCAUCUGCAAAAGCAGCAGACUGAACAACUGCAACAGCAGCAUACAGAACUACUGCAACAGCAGCAGACAGAUCAAAUGCGACAGCAGCAGAUAGAACAACAGCAACAGGAUGAUGCAAGUUUAUUUAAAUGGUCUCAUGCUGCCAUAUUACUACUGAUUGAGGAAAACGGCAAUAAAAGCUCUAUAUGA